CCUCAUACGACCCUUGACAUGUACCAGUGUGCAACGGGGCAAGUGUGGGAAACGGAGAAUCAGAAACUAAGAUUCUCAAAAUAUCAUCGUUAAAAACUGAUAGAAAAGGAAAAGUCAGUUUGAGUUAACGUUGAUCGGUGUGUCUAACGCUGGUUCAAGUCAGUGACAACAGUUUGAAGUUCUGGUAAACAUUUUGCCUGAGUAUGGACCGUCUUCUACGCCUUGGUGGAGCCAUUCCUGGCAUGGGUGGGGGCACACCUCCGAGCGAUGCCCCAGCAGUAGACACAGCAGAACAGGUCUACAUCUCAUCACUGGCCCUGCUCAAGAUGUUGAAGCAUGGCCGUGCAGGUGUACCUAUGGAGGUGAUGGGGCUGAUGCUGGGAGAGUUUGUGGAUGACUACACAGUCCGCGUCAUCGAUGUCUUCGCCAUGCCACAGUCUGGGACGGGAGUGAGUGUGGAGGCUGUGGAUCCAGUGUUCCAGGCUAAGAUGUUGGACAUGUUAAAGCAGACAGGAAGGCCUGAGAUGGUUGUCGGGUGGUACCACUCCCACCCUGGGUUUGGCUGCUGGUUGUCGGGCGUCGACAUUAACACACAGCAGAGUUUUGAGGCGCUGUCGGAGCGAGCCGUGGCUGUGGUAGUGGAUCCCAUCCAGAGUGUCAAAGGAAAGGUUGUGAUUGAUGCGUUCCGACUGAUCAACCCCAACAUGAUGGUGUUGGGACAGGAGCCUCGACAGACCACCUCCAACCUGGGACAUCUGCAGAAACCUUCUAUACAGGCUCUCAUCCAUGGAUUGAACAGACACUACUACUCCAUUUCCAUCAACUACCGCAAAAAUGAACUGGAGCAAAAGAUGUUGCUGAACCUACACAAGAAGUCCUGGAUGGAAGGUCUGACCCUUCAGGACUACUCUGACCACUGUAGUUUGAACGAGAAGACGGUUCAGGAGAUGUUGGAACUGGCCAAGAACUACAACAAGGCUGUGGAGGAAGAAGACAAGAUGACCCCAGAACAGCUUGCUAUCAAGAAUGUAGGCAGACUGGACCCCAAGCGCCAUUUGGAGGAGCAUGUGGAUGUCCUGAUGACAUCAAACAUUGUACAGUGUUUAGGAGCCAUGUUAGACACAGUCAUAUUCAAAUAGUCCUCUCCAAGCUGUAGUUUCCAUACAGGGAUGUGGUCAGGUCCCAUCUAACAGGGUUGUUGCCAGCUACAUGGUACUAUACCCCUCAACACUGGUAUCCUUUCACAGAUACAAAUUCUGAGAUAUGUAAAAUUCUGACUAUUUAACUAUUAGUCUACAUACUUUCAAGGAUGCUAAGAAAACGUGUGUGAAAAUCUUGAAAUUCAAAAUUUGUAUCAAACCUUAGUUUUCUCAGACAUUUCUUCCACUGUAUUAUAGAAUAUUACCUUUUUGAAGUGGCCUUUACAGUAAUGGAUAAGUUGAUAGUCCAUCAUUCACAGAAAUCCAUGAUACGCUGCACUUAACAUGUCCAAAAGAACUGUAGUGGUAGCAAUAGCUUUGAUAAUAUGCAGUGAGUUUCCCUAUGUUAAACUUUGCCAAAAGCAACUGCACAGCUGUAAAAAGGCCCUAACUCUACACCAAACUUAGGUAUACAAGGAACCACUAUCCACUCACAGACACAGUUGAAUGAGAAGCUGUGAAAACCUGACCAUGUCCCUGGUUCUAACUUUAUACCAUUGUAGGCUGUACUGACAACCUGGUCAAAACAUUCAAACUACAUCAAACUCUUCUUGUAGUUAUGAGGCAAACUCUUCGUAUUAAUACACAUUGUUUAUUUUAUAUGCGACAUUGAGCAAAGGACAUUGAUAAGUAUUGGUAUACCAUUCUAUUAUAACCAAAUACGUCUUGAUUAUGGUAUACUGUCUCUAUAUGCAUUAGACAAAAUCAUAAUUUGUGUUACUCACAUAUGACUUCAUCAACUACACAUGUACAGCGUGUGAGAAUUAAUUGAUGAUGUUAUAAGUACUAGUGCUGUCAUGAAGUGGGAAAUUAAAUGGUCCUUUCUUCAAAA